UCUUCCGCCGUUCUGUUAGGAAUUGGCAAGUUGGUUGGCUGAUUUUUUACUCUCCCAUAAAGUUAAAAGUAACCCAUAAUUAGCAUAAGAUUUACUCGGCGAGACCCAUGGCUGAAAAAGCAGAAGAGGAGGAGCAUAACGUGUUGGUGGAGCUGGGUUCAUAUAAAGGGAAAUUGAGAGUGGUAAAUAGUAGUAAUGAUUCUGAAGAUUCUGCAGCGGAGGAGAUUAUGCUUCUGUGGGGAAUUCAACAGCCCCUUCUGUCCAAGAACAACGCCUUUGUCGCCCAAUCUUCUCUUCAACUCUGCAUUGACGCCUGCGGCCGAUCUCUCGCCAUUCUCCAGUCCCCUUCGUCUCUGGGCACUCCUGGAGUAACUGGUUCAGUGAUGUGGGACAGUGGUGUAAUUCUGGGAAAGUUUUUAGAGCAUUCUGUGGAACUAGGAACAAUAUCACUUCAAGAGAAGAAGGUUAUCGAGUUGGGCUCAGGCUGUGGAUUAGUUGGCUGCAUUGCAGCUCUAUUGGGUGCUCGAGUUAUUCUGACCGACCUACCAGAUAGGCUGAGGCUGUUAAGAAAAAAUGUUGAAACUAAUCUAUAUGGAGAAUUGAAAGGUUCUGCAACUGUGAAUGAGCUCACAUGGGGAUAUAAUCUGGAUCCAGAUUUGAGAGAUCCUUCACCAGAUUAUGUGCUUGGCUCAGAUGUCAUAUAUAGUGAGGAAGCAGUGAUGGAUUUGUUGGAAACACUUGUCGACCUAUGUGGGAGAGAGACAACGAUUAUUUUGGCUGGAGAACUUCGUAAUGAUGCUAUCCUAGAAUAUUUCCUGGAAGCUGCUACAAAAGAGUUUAUUGUUGGUCGCGUUGAUCAAAAUCAGUGGCAUCCAGAUUACUGCAGUUUGCGUGUUGUGAUUUAUAUUUUGGUUAAGAGAUAGACACAUGAAACGAGAAAGAUUAUGCGAAUCCAUUGUAUCAAGGGAUUGAGCUAUUCAUCUUGGCGUUUUAUUUGAUGAUCAAAUUAGAAGUUUCGAUAUCCUAUGUCGCAGAAUAAUUUCUAGUAUUUUUUGCUCAAUGAUGCAUUUUAUUUUUGCUGACCACGUACUGUUGAUGUAUUAGCCUUUCCAUUGACAUUUUCCAAGGUUUUCUAGGACAUAUUUCAUGUAAAAUAACACCUUACUCGCUGUAAUUUUCAUCAUUGCUAAUACUAGUCCUGCAACCAUGUACAUA